AUGCAGCUCUCACUUGUUUUCAAGACGCUCCUUUCCUUUAUCGCCAUUGCAGCAGCAUAUCCCACACCAUCGGUGAUGAAACUUUCUUCUAUGGCUAAGCGUUCGGGGGGGCUUGGCUCUAACCUCGUUGGUUAUUUGGACACUAGGUUCCCCAACGACCUUAGUCAACCUAGCGUACCCAGCGGACCUCUCAAUAGUGACGUCAACUACGUGAAUACUCGGGCCCCCAACGACCUCAGUCAACCUAGCGGACCCAGCGGACCCCUCAAUAGUGACGUCAACUACGUGAAUACUCGGGCCCCCAACGACCUUAGUCAACCUAGCGGACCCAGCGGACCCCUCAAUAGUGACGUCAACUACUUGAACACUCGGGCCCCCGACAAUAGUCACUCCAGCAAUCCUUCCACCACUCCUUCCACCACUCCUUCCACCAUUCCCUCCACCAGUUCUAACGACAAAAGUCACUCCAGCAACUCUGCUAAUAGCGACGCUGAAUACUUAAACACUCGGGCUCCCGGUGACGAUGAUAGUCACUCCAGCAAUUCUGCCAAUGAUGACGCUAAGCACUUGAGCGUCCGGGUCCCGGACGAUAACACUAGUCAUUCUAGCAACUCUGCCAGUGAUGACGCCAAGUACUUGAGCGUUCGGAACCCCGACGAUACCACUAGUCAUGACAGCAAUUCUGCCAACGACAACGCUGAGUACUUGAGCGUCCGGGCCCCCGACGUCAGUAACGUCAGCAGUACUUCUAAUACUGCUAACUCUUCCAAUGGCAAUGGCGAUCAGAGCGAUGGCGAUGAAGAUUAA